UAAAUAUUUUAACCAUCUUUGUUUAAUGUUAUUGAAUAAACUUAGUUGUGAGUAUGUGAUUCCGUUGAAGUCCAUCAUUAUAAAAGACGCUGUACUGCAGUAGUAUAUUUCAUUCUAGACGCUCUUCAGUGUUCGGAGGACUUUACUUGUACCUACCUAUUAACUUAUUUCGUACUACGAGUAAUUUUCAAAACUAAAAUGAUUUUCUCUAAACGAAAUUUAUUUGUUAUUACUUUAACAGCUUUUGUUGUUUCUGACAUGACUACUAAUGCAGAUACUGUAGAAAAAACAGCAGAAUCAUCAACUUACAAUAAUAGCGAGCACUCCAUACUUGCCGUCAUGCCGACUACAAGAUGGAUUGUUAAGCAAUCGGGCUCUAAGUAUUUUUACAUUGGAACAUUUUUCAAGGCUGAUUGGUACCAAUCCAUGACGUUUUGCAGUUAUCAUGGAAUGCGAUUGGCUAGCAUUACCACUGAACAAGAACAUAAGGAUGUGGUGACUCAGUUGGAAGACUUUGGUUAUGGUAAAGAUUCUCAUUUUUGGACCUCUGGAAACGAUUUAUCAGUUGAGGGCACGUUCGUUUGGUCAGGCAACGGCCAAAAUUUCGGCCGAUUUACCAAAUGGCUGGAAGGCGAACCAAACAAUACCAAAGUGAACGACAAAGAUGAAGACUGCGUUGAAUAUUGGUAUAAAGGAGAGGAAGGUUUCAAAUGGAACGAUCAGUUUUGCACUAACCAAGCAAAUUUUAUAUGUGAAUUAGUGUACUAAGUAAAAUUUAAAAAAUGGGUGCAUAAUUGUAAUUUAAAAAUAUUUAUUUUUAAUGGUUGUA